AUGCCACGCAAGAGAGUGACCCGAUCAACUCCCGCUUCACCACCUAAAACACCCGCUCCACUACCUACGGCUCCUGCCCUACCACCUAUAAUCCCCACUCCACCACCAGAGGUUCCUACCGCCCUUCCUAAGGAUGCUGCUCCUCCACCAGAGACCAGUGCGAAUCCGACUGUAUCCGUGAGUGCCUCUCAGUUACAGCAGAUGUUACAGGCUGUGACAGCCGCACUUCAAGGGCAGGGCAGGCACCCUAUUGUUUCACCUGCCCAGGCCGAGCAAGAGCGCGCGAAUCAUACAGUUCUUUUCGGAGGUGCUUUGCUGGCUUUAAGCAUCUAUAGCUUCAAAGUUUGGAGGCAGGGGAAAUCCAGCUUACCAUUUAUCUUGAGGCAAUCAGCCCUUAUUGCUGCCUUUCUUGUAAAGCACUUUCAGACGUACUCUUUGACAAAGAAAGUCUUUCCUAAUGGGUUCUAUGUUGUUGUGAGUAUUGCAAUGCUGUGCUUUUAUACCUAUGUGAUGCUUUCUGGAGGAAACCCGCCACCAAAGAAGUCCAAGUUGGCAGCAAGUCCCCCAUCAUAG